AUGGUAAUCAGUCGUGCAGAUGAAAUUAGUCAAAUUAUCCGUAAACGUGUUAAGCAAUAUAAUACCAAAGUAAAAAUUGUAAAUACAGGUAUCGUACUUCAAGUAGGCGAUGACAUUGCUCGUAUUUAUGGUCUUGAUGAAGGAAGUUCCGUAAAAGAAACAGGAAGAAUUGCUCAAAUACUAGUAAGCGAGGGUUGUUUGGGUCGUGUUGUAAAUGCCUUAGUUAAACCUAUUGACGGCCGAGGAGAAAUUUCAACUUCGGAAUCUCGGUUAAUUGAAUCUCCCGCUCCCGGUAUUAUUUCCAGACGUUCUCUGUAUGAGUCUCUUCAAACAGGACUUAUUGUUACUGAUUUUAUGAUCCCUAUAGGGCGUUGA